AUGGGUAAUAACGAAUCAACUCCUAAUAAUUACUCGAAAACUCUUAAACAAAUUUCAAAUGGCAAAGAUAAUAAUCCGUUGUUUAAAUAUAAAGAUGACCGGAAAUUUCUUAAAAAAGCAGACAUGUAUUAUUUUUUACCAAUCGAUGAACUUGAAUCAGACAGAAUGCAAUUAAGACACGAUGUAGAGUGGCAUGUCUGGCGAACAAAUUUUUCUUCUCCUAUAGAAACAACCUUAAAACUUGGAGGAGCUCAAGUUCUCGAUGUUGCUUGUGGAUCCGGCUUGUGGGCAUUAGAAAUGGCAUCUGAUUAUCCUCUUUCCGAAUUUGUUGGUGUAGACGUCGCACCAAUUUUUCCAUCUGAUGUCAUGCCUUCGAAUGUAACCUUUAAACAAUGCGAUGUAUUGGAAAGACUGCCAUUUAGUGAUUGUUCAUUUUACUAUAUACAUAUUAAGGAUUUAUUCCAGUAUUUUCCCUCAAAAAUUAUUAGGGAUCAAUUAUUUCCUGAUUUGGUUCGAAUUUUGAAACCUGGUGGAUGGAUCGAAAUCCAAGAUCGUGAUCCAAAUAUGAUAAAUGCUGGUCCUAUCUGCAAACGUCUUGAAGACAUGCUGUCUUUAAGCUUUUUAAAUCGCGGCAUACAUGUUAAAAAUCAUUAUGAUGAUAUGGAAAAAUUAUUUGAAAAAAAUAAUCUUAUCAAAUAUCGUUCUGAUAAGAAAUCUAUUCCCUAUGCCGACCUUGAUUUGGCAAUACAAGAUUUUCUUUCUACUUAUAAAGCUAUGAAAUUUACAUUGACCGAAUAUUCAGGAGUCACUGCUGAAGAAUUUGAAGAGAUAGUUGAGAAUGCUAGCAAAGAAUUAAUUCCAUCUAAUUCUGAAUUUGUCUCAAGAAAAUAUUUCGGUCAAAAACCUAUGAUAUAUGAUAUUUAA